AUGUCUGAAUUCAGAUAUAACAGUUUCUUAGCUUGCCUUGGUCAAGCAUUCUGCCUUCACAUAUACGGAGGGGCCACACUCUUUAUAUUGUCUGUAAUGGCUUUAGAUCGAUAUGUAGCUAUCUGCUAUCCUUUAAGAUACCACACUAUUUUGACAAAGGGCCUUGUUGGAAACCUAAUUAUGAUGGGGAUGCUAUUUGCAGUGGUUUCUCCGAGCCUCAAUCCACUGAUAUAUGGGAUUAAAAGUAAAGAAAUUAAAGUGAAACUGAAACAACUCUUCUUUCAGUUACCUGGGACAGGUGGCCUGAAAGUUCAAGUAAACACUGUCUCAAUGUAA